AUGAUGGAGGAAUUUCUCUUGCAACACGCUGAUCGCCAUCAGCACCUGAUCAGGCAGUUCAAACCCAAGCCAAGACCUAAUGAGGGAGACCCAGUCACUAGUCCCAAAAUUACUGUUGCGACACGCAUAAGGCCCUUGCUCGAUGAGGAAACGGCUUCCGGUCAGGUCCCUGCGGCCUUUGCGAGGGUUGGCGAGAGUGGAGUUGUGGAUCUUCAUGAGUUGAGGAGGGUCGUUAGGGGUCCACCCCCGUUGAAUUCUUCUUCUUUUCGUGUCGGAGAAGUGUUUGGUUCCGACCGGAAUACAGAGUCGAUCUAUGAGGAUCUUGUACAGCCGCUUCUUCCGUGGGUUUGGGAAGGCCAUAUUGGGACUUUGUUUGCCUAUGGGCAGACGGGGUCCGGAAAGACUUAUUCUGUCAAUGGAAUUGAACGCCUAAUUGCUGGCGCCUUGUUCGAUGGCACUCUAGAAGGACAGCGCAGAUUGCACGUUUCCAUCUUCGAAUUGGCAGGAAACUCUGCAUUCGAUUUACUGAAUACCCGCGCGCCGUUCUCAAUCCUGGAAGAUUCUUUCGGAAAUACGCAGCUGGCCGGAGCAAAAGAGCAUGAAGUUACUAGUACUCCAGAUCUCCUUGCUUUGAUUGAGGAAUCCGCCUUAUUCCGACAAACAGCAUCUACAGAGAAAAACGAUGGAUCUUCUCGCACACACGCCAUCUGCCGCAUCAGAGUCCAGAAUCCGACACAGAAUACUCUGGAUGAUGGCGUUUUCUACCUUGUUGACCUUGCAGGCUCAGAAGCCGCUCGAGACAUCUUCAACCAUUCGGCUGACCGAAUGAAAGAGACCCGCGAGAUUAACAUCAGUCUAUCCAUAUUGAAAGACUGUAUUCGCGGGUUGGCAAUCAUGGAUAAUUCAAAGUCUUCUAAGAAGCCAUAUAUCCCUUUUCGACAGAGCACGUUGACAAAGGUUCUCAAGCACGUUUUUGACCCCUCGGGAAAUCACGAGUGUAGGACAGCGGUGCUGGCUUGUAUCGGUCCAAGCUUCUUGGAUACCGGGGCCACCAAAAACACCCUUCGGUAUGCGGAGAUGCUUCGGUCUGCUGAAAUGAAGGUGAUGUCUUCGGGGUACAACCCUGGUGUGCCAUCGACAUGGAAUAACAAAGAGCUGAGAAAUUAUAUCAAGAUUCAAUCUGGUAAUCCUUCCGUUUCACCAUCUGUUCUUGCGCCAAGUGAAACUGGAGAGCAACUUCUUCGGCUAUCUUCUUCCCAGUUCAUAUCCCGCUGUCUCAGGUCGGACGGUGUAAGCGGCGACCAGGCCAAAGCAUUACACGCCAAAUUUUGGAGGUUGCACAUUGACUCGCAACGAAACUCUUCCGGAAAGACUUCAACGGCCAAGAAGAACGUUCAAACUCUUUGCAAAGAUUCCCCAUCCGAAAGAUACUCAUCCAGCCGCGAUCCCGCGCUCGAAGGCAAGACCACUGUGCCAGAUUUCAAAGAGCGCAUCCGGCCAGGCAUGGUCAUAUCCUGGACUUGCCAUUCCCCAUCAAUAUCUCCAUCAGAUCCAUUGAAGCAAAACCUGGCCCUUGUGCUAUGUCCUCAAAUUGCAGAUGCAGCCCAGGCACAGGCUUUCCUGGGCUUUCUCGGAGACAAAGCCCGCCAAGUAUCUCAACGUGGGCAACGCUACCUUUGUGCAACAGUUUCAUCGGGAGCUCUAGCGGAUACGUAUGAGGUCAACAUGUGGCGUCAGGUUGUUGUUGAUGUGAAAGAUAUGGAGGCCGAGGUUCUACUGGAGUAUGAUGCAGCCACACGAUACCACCACAUUACGGUCUAG